GGAGCGGCCGCUCUCCGCCCGCCCUCAGCCGAAGAUGGCGGGUGCCGGCCGAGUCUGGCGGCUCGGAGCGCUGCUGCUGCCGCCAGCCUGGCGGCUGCGGGCCCCAGGACGAGCCUUCGGCACCGCGGCGGGACGGGGAGGCAGCAGCGGCCGCCUGAUGCUGGGCGCCGCAUUCGCGCUGGGCGGCAGCGCCGGGCUGUGCCUGGCGGCGCGGCAGCGCCUGCGGGAGCACUCGGCCGCUGAGCUGCCUGCAGGGAGCCUGCAGCUCACUCUCUACCAGUAUAAAACCUGUCCUUUCUGCAGCAAAGUCCGAGCUUUUCUUGAUUAUCAUGGACUGUCCUAUGAAAUUGUGGAAGUGAACCCCAUCAUGAGGAAAGAGAUUAAAUUCUCUUCCUACAGAAAGGUGCCCAUCCUGCUAGCCAACGCUGGGAGCCCUCUGCAAUUGAACGACUCCUCGGUGAUAAUCAGUGCAAUAAAGACCUAUCUUAUUUCCAGGAGGAAUAGCUUAGAAGAAAUCGUGUCCUUUUAUCCACCUGUUAAAACGGUGACUGAGCAAGGCAAGGAGGUGGUUGAGUAUGAGAAUAAAUACUGGCUCAUGCUGGAUGAGAAGGAGACAAAGAGAGUCUAUCCUGUCAAAGAAGUGAGAAUGGAAGAAAUGAAGUGGAGGAAAUGGGCAGACGAUUGGCUUGUUCACCUCAUCUCCCCCAAUGUCUACCGCACCCCCAAAGAAGCCUUGGCAUCUUUUGAUUACAUUGUCCGUGAGGGGAAGUUUGGCACCUUGGAAGGUCUCUUUGCCAAAUACGUGGGGGCUGUUGCCAUGUUCUUCGUUAGCAAGAGGCUGAAGAAAAGACACCAGCUUCGAGAUGAUGUCCGGGAAGAUUUGUACGAAGCAGUUAACGAGUGGGUAAAAGCUGUUGGCAAAAAUCGACUGUUCAUGGGCGGGAACCAGCCAAACCUCGCUGACCUGGCAGUGUACGGGGUACUCCGGGUCAUGGAAGGGCUGGAAGCCUUUGAUGACAUGAUGGCUCACACCAAAAUUCAGCCUUGGUACCAGCGCAUGGAAGAAGUCAUUCCAAAAACUGGAGUUGCAAUCUGAUGCCAGCUGCAGCUGCGUCCCUGAAGUACUUGCAUGGUGAAAACUUCAGAAGAAAUGGCUUUUAUGUUUAGAGUUGACUAAAGAGUUGUGAUUUUAGAGUCACACCUAAUGGACUGACAUGAGCACAGAGACCACCCUGUUCAGAACAUCAAGCUGCUGUGAAAGAAGGGUCCAGCUGGGUGUUUGUAGAAGGAUGGGGACAGGUAAAAGAAAGGGAUCUUGAUGCUGCUGGAAAGGAGACACUCUGAACUGAAGAAUGCAGCAAAAAGGUUUCUUUCAGACAAGAGACAUCCUCAGAGCAGGUUACUGUAAAAGCAAGAUGCUCUUGGCUGGUGUUACAGCUGUGUCAGAUGUGGUAGGGCUGACCAGCUUUUGCCUCAGGCUGUCUUCUGCUACUCAUCCAUGUCACCUGAAGUGUUUUCCUGACUGAGAUGCUGGAUACUGGGUUUUAAAUGACAAUAUUUCCUGCAAUAGAAUCUUGUAAACCUAGUGCUAAGGAAACUGGAAGAAUGUGCAGUGCUGCAGGAGGCACCCUUCCUCUGACAGCAGUGAGGCUGUGCUUAGCAGGGGUCUGCUUUCACUUUUCCAUGUAAACGGUUCUCUCAGGACUUGAUUCUGUACGGUGUGCACAGAUAAAGGCUGGCUUUAUUCUGUC